AAGCUCUUCCGUGCGUGCCUGUUGAGAAGCAUCUCUUGCUCGGCUGGUGCCCCGAGGCGAACCCUCAUACCACACGUCAUACACACACACACAUCUCCCACCCACCCACACAACAUUGCCACACACAUUCACACCGUUCGAGUUACCGUAACCACCAGCAAACAUGUCUGACGACGAGGAGCAAUACUCGCAGCCGGAGAGGAAGAUCGAGGGUAGGGCGUCCCAAAAGGAGUCUGGGGAGAAUAUCGAGUUUAUGAAGAGGCAAGAACAGAAAAGGAGCGACCUAGACGAACAGCUUAAGGAAUACAUCGCAGAAUGGCGGAAACAGAGAGCCAAGGAGGAGGAAGAACUGAAGAGAUUGAAGGAGAAGCAAGCGAAGCGCAAGAUUACUCGCGCGGACGAGGAGAAGAGAUUGGCUCAGAAAAAGAAGGAGGAGGAAGAACGUCGCCAACGUGAAAUCGAGGAAAAGAAGCAACGCGAUAUUGAGGAAAAGAGAAAACGUUUGGAAGAAUCAGAAAAGAAACGUCAGGCUAUGAUGCAAGCGAUGAAAGAUCAAGCGAACAAGAAGGGCCCCAACUUUACCAUCACUAGGAAAGAUCUAGCAGGUAACCUUACGUCGGCGCAACUGGAACGCAACAAGACGAAAGAACAGCUGGAAGAGGAAAAGAAGAUUUCGCUGAGCAUUCGCAUCAAACCCUUGGAAAUCGAUGGUAUGUCCAUUGAGAAGCUCCGGUUCAAGGCUACCGAACUCUGGGAUACCAUUGUCAAGCUGGAGACCGAGAAAUAUGAUCUUGAAGAGCGACAGAAACGCCAGGACUAUGACCUUAAAGAAUUAAAGGAACGUCAGAAGCAGCAACUGAGGCACAAGGCUUUGAAGAAAGGUCUUGAUCCCGAAGCCCUCACCGGCAAGUACCCCCCUAAGAUCCAAGUGGCCUCCAAAUACGAACGUCGAGUGGAUACCAGGUCUUAUGACGAUAAGAAGAAGCUCUUCGAGGGUGGCUAUGACACGCUUCUAGCGGAGUACAACGAGAAACUAUGGAAACAGAAAACAGAACAGUUCAUGAAGCGUAACAAAACGAAAUUGCCGAAGUGGUUCGGCGAGAGGCCAGGCAAGAAACCAGGAGACCCCGAAUCUCCAGAAGGCGAAGAAGACGUGAAGGCUGCGGCUGAAGACGAAGAGCUUGAGGAACCACAAUUCGAAGAAGAAGAAGAGGAGGAGGAGGAAGAGGAGGAGGAAGAAGAAGAGGAAGAGAAGAAGGAGGGUGAGGGUGAAGGCGAGGAAGAGGAGGAAGAAGAAGAAGAGGAGGAGGAAGAAGAAGAGGAAGAGGAAGAGGAGGAGGAGGAGGAAGAGGAAGAAUAGACGCCUCUUUCCAAAGAUCAGCAACACCUAACCAAAGAUUUAAUCGAUCGAUCACCAAGAAAUAUCGAAACAUCCUACGAACCAUUGAAAUAUAAUAGUCGUGGCUACAGUAGAGACAACAAUGGCGAACCAUUUUCCCAGAAUCUCGUUGUUAUAGGUAGCUUUUUGUUUUGAGCUUUUAUUGCGACAUCGGAGUAAUCGUACGAAGACGGUUCAAGAAAGAAAGACGAACGGUCUACACGUUAUAUUUUUCCGUGAAAAAAUCUAACCUAUAACGGUGAGAAUUCCGGUGAGAUAAAACACGCUGUUACUACCUCUCGGCUGUUCUACCACUACUACUUCUAUUACUAUUACUCUACUACUUCUAUUACUACUACAAUUAUUAUUAUUAUAUUGUACAAAAAAUACACGCACACACAUUAUCAAAAUAAAAAAAGAAGAGGUUUAUCGUGUACGAUUUCCGCGAGGAAACUUUCCUACCCCAGGAGAAGACCUUGAUUUGUUACGCACACUGACACUUGUAAUCACGAUUGUAAAUUAAGAGGCCUAUGGAAAAAACUGUUCCGAAUUCAAGACUUCAA